AUGGACCGCAUGAAAAACCAGUUCUGUGUAAUGCUUGUGGAUCAAGUUUCUACUGAGAAUAAUUUGACAAUCGAAGAUGAUGUGAUCGAUUUGACCAAUGUUGAAGAUGAUGAUGGCAGCUCUUCAAAGCACAAUGCCGAUAUAGAAAAUCAAAUUCAAGAUGAGUAUGCAGGUGAUGAUGCAGAACCACACAUCUUCAAAUCUCAUAUUCCAUCAAAGAAGAGGUCAGAAGUGCCUAUAUCAGCCAUUGAAAGCCUUAGGAGGGACCUCUUGAAUGUGCUGAACUCUGUGGAGUUUUCCAACCCAUCUGAAUCGGCAGAGGAUGUGCUCAUCUAUAAUAAUGCAAACAACCAUCCAUCUAUAUCUGUUCAUGAAAUAGGGCUUGGAGCCAUUCUUCUCAAACCACCAACUUCUCCUGCAGACAUCAGAGCCAGUGGACAAGGCUCCUGA